CAUGGAGAAAAGUGAAUAAGUCUCUGCCAAGAUCGAACCCUGCCUACUUUCUUUAUGAAUAUGCUGUUCCUGAACACCUCUUCCAAGAGCAUUCUAAUGAGCUGUAUGCCGACUUGUCAGCCCCAGACAUUGAAGGUGUAUAUGAAACGCAGCUAGGCCUGGAUUUCAGGGCCUUAGUGAGAUUAGGAUGUGUGUGUAUGGUUAGUAGGCAAUAUGCAAGGUACUUGGCUGGAAAGGAAGUAGAUACGUUUGACCUGCA